AUGUCACAGCUAAAUAGCCCGCAAGGAACCAGUACUGCAGCACGGCCCAGCUGGCAAGAUCAGCUUCAGGAACCAUUGGCUUGGACUAAUGUCUUGGAAGACCACUGCAGACGAACCAAACUGCCUCCUCCUGUCUUCAACAUCGUCUCCGAUCGGCGAGGAAGACCAGAGUGGAGCAGCAGAAAACCAACCACUGUACACCGACUUUUACUUCUGAGCUUGACAGCGGAUGCUGAUUAUCCUGGCGUCGGGAAUGCAGGAGGUCGAACCGCCUGGUCCAGUACCGUGACCGUUCAGGGCCAUAAUACUAUCGCCGCUCGCUACUGGUAUGAUGGCCAGUACAUCAACAAUGCCAAAGAAGACGCCGCCGAAGUCGCCCUGAAGACCCUCAACCAGCAGCCCGGCGGCUCCACCGUCUAUGCCGGCCAACUCUUCCCUUAG